CUCCUGAUCUCCAGUAAUCCACCCGCCUCAGCCUCCCAAAGUGUUGGGAUUAUAGGUGUGAGCCACCUCACCAGGCCAAGAAAGGCACUUUAGACAGUACCAGAGUUGAGGAUUUGGCCUGUGACUCGCUGCAGUUGCCACACUGCAGUUGCCACACUGUGGCCUUAAAACAGUCUUAUCCAGUCCUGAAAACCCCAGUGCCUUGGAAACAUCAGGAUUGGUCAGAAGGACAGUAAGUCCUUAAGGCGCCAGCCCCUGCUCCUCCCUCCAGAUUGAGGGGUAAGUAUCCCAAGCUCUUUGCAGGAUCCUUACCCUGGAUGUGGACACCCACAGUCCUGCUAGGACCUGCUUUCAGAACAGUUGAUCCCAGACAUGGAAGUGCCUGAUGCCUUCAGCGAAGCAAGCAGGAAAGGCUCAAGUGAUGCUCCUGUAUCAUCCUGGGUACCAAGACCAUUCAGUGGAAAAGAACAGUCUCUUCAGCAAGUGGUGCUGGAAUAACUGGAUAUCCACAUACAAAUGAAUGAAGUUAGAUCUCUUCCUCACAUCGUACAGAAAAAUUAACCUCAAAUGGAAGAAAUAUCUAAAGGAAACGAACACUUGACAUAAACGUCUUCACCAGAGUAAAUAAGAAGAAUCCCCUCCAUGACAUGCAAAAGAAAAGAUAACUGGAGAGAUCGUCUCUGCUCUGAGGUUAUUAUCCAGUGGUCUUUGUUUUGGUACGUUGUCCCCCACCCAUGCCCUUCUCCUCAUCUUUAAUGAGUAUCUGUAUGUGUGGCAGAACAGCAUGUUUUAAGUCCUGCACUCUUGGACCAAGCCGUUCUGUUCCCCACUCUAGGGAGAUCUCAAGAGCACAGGAUUCUGUUUGGGGUUGCUAUGGACACACAGUUCUUAUUCCAGUACUGGCUUCUUCUCAAUACGAGAGAAAGUUGUACUGAAGACACAAGACCUGAGACUUAUGUCAUUUUAGCGGCUGAACCGACCCCAGCCUCUUGUGAGCGGCAGUGGUGCCGGAAGCAGUCUAGCCUACAGUAGAAUUAUGGAUUCAUUAACAGUGUCUACCAUAACAGCAUCUGACAACUAUGACCAUAAUGGUCCCUAUCCGAAUGACCUGGCGGGAGUCAUUAUUGAUCGACCCACCGAUGACAGUCCACCCACUAAUGAACUGACAACAGCAAACCCAGAGGCACAUAUCAAUGAAAGUCCCCAUCCUGAUGACCUGGUGGAAGUCAUCAUCGAUACAGACACUGAUGACAUUCCCCACACAAGGGAACUGACAGGAGGAACCAAGGAGGCUUGUAUCUAUGAAAGUGUGUCAGAACGGCUUUCCAGGUUUGAAGAUUAUGAAAAUGCUGAAUAUGUCGCUUCAUAUGACAACAAGAUUAAGAAAAUUGUUCAUUCAAUUGUAUCAUCCUUUGCAAUUGGAAUAUUUGGCGUUUUCCUGGUCUUAUUGGAUGUGGCUCUGAUCUUUGCUGACCUAAUUUUCACUGAUAGCAACGUUUAUAUUCCUUUGGAGUAUCGUUCUAUUUCUCUAGCUAUUGCCUUAUUUUUUCUCAUGGAUGUUCUUCUUCGAGUAUUUGUAGAAGGGAGACAGCAUUAUUUUUCUGAUUUACUGAACAUUUUAGAUACUGCCAUUACUGUGAUUAUCCUGCUGGUUGAUGUCAUUUACAUUUUUUUUGACAUUAAGUUUCUUAAGGAUGUUCCCAGAUGGACACGUUUAUUUCGACUUCUACGACUUAUCAUUCUGAUAAGAGUUUUUCAUCUGGCUCAUCUAAAAAGACAACUUGGAAAGCUGAUAAGAAGGCUGGUUUCAGGAAACAAAAGGCGAUACAAAAGGGAUGGAUUUGACCUAGACCUCACUUAUAUUACUGAACGUAUUAUCGCUAUGUCGUUUCCAUCUUCUGGAGGCCAGUCCUUCUAUCGGAAUCCGAUUAAGGAAGUUGUACAGUUUCUAGACAAGAAACAUCCAAACCACUAUCGAGUCUACAAUCUAUGCAGUGAAAGAGCUUAUGAUCCUAAGCACUUCCAUAAUAGGGUCAGUAGAAUCAUGAUUGAUGAUCAUAAUGUCCCCACUCUAUGGGAGAUGGUAGCAUUCUCCAAGGAAGUAGAGGAGUGGCUGGCUCAAGAUCCUGAAAACAUCAUAGUGAUUCACUGUAAAGGAGGCAAAGGAAGAACUGGAACUAUGGUUUGUGCCUGCCUGAUUGCCACUGAAAUAUUUUUAACUGCAGAGGAAAGCUUGUACUAUUUUGGAGAACGGCGAACAGAUAAAACCAAUGGCACUAAAUAUCAGGGAGUAGAGACUCCUUCUCAGAAUAGAUAUGUUGGAUAUUUUGCACAAGUGAAACAUAGCUACAACUGGAAUCUCCCUCCAAGAAAGACACUGUUUAUAAAAAGAUUCGUUAUUUAUUCGAUUCAUGGUGUUGGAACAGGCGAUGGAUAUGAUCUAAAAGUCCAAAUAGUAAUGAAGAAAAAGAUUGUCUUUUCCUGUACUUCCUUAAACAAUUGUCGGGUAUUUCAUGACACUGAAACAGACAGGGUAAUAAUUGAUGUGUUCAACUGUCCACCUCUGUAUGAUGAUGUGAAAGUGCAAGUUUCCUCUUCGGAUUUUCCUAAAUACUAUCACAACUACCCUUUUUUCUUCUGGUUUAACACAUCUUUAAUACAAAAUAACAGGCUUUAUCUACAAAGAAAUGAAUUGGAUAAUCUUCAUAAACAAAAAACAUGGAAAAUGUAUCAACCACAAUAUGCAGUAGAGACGUAUUUUGAUGAGAAAUGACUUAGUUAUUUUGUAACUGGUAGCUGAUUAAGUAUAGUUCCCCACACCCCUUCUGGGAAAGAAUUAUUGUUCUUUCCAACCCUGCCACAUAGUUAUAUGUUCUAAAUCUUCCUUGCUGGUACAUCUAUAUUGAUAUUUGUGUACACAUGUUCUUUAUAAAUCUAUUAAAUAUAUACAGAUAAAAUGUCAGGG